AAAUGACUAGGGAUACGUUAUCUAUCUUACUUUAUGAUACAAGAAAUGGCUGAAAAAGGUGCAGAAGGAGUCAGAGAGGUCGCUUCCAUUGAUAAACUUAGUGCGGCGCAGAAACAACUCCGGAAAAGACAAGAUCUCGAUUAUUGGAAAAACAACAUGCAAAAAAUACGCAGUCGCAACCGCAUAACUGGACUACUUAUCGGGGCGUUUGUAAUCGGCAUGUUCAGCUACACCAUCCUCUCAGUGAAGCAGGAGAGAGUCAUGGAGGAUAUUGAUAAUGAGGCAAGGAUCACUUACAUCAAAGGCCCCAGGACAGGAACCAACUCCUAGGGAAGCUCCCUCGCUUGAACAGGAACACUGGUUUGGACUGUCAAGCUGUUAUACUCACCUACUGCCAGAAGAUGGCGCAAGUUACGUAGGCUUUUUGAUCAAGGGGAAGGCUCCCAUUCAUUUAGUAAUAUCAAAAUGCUUGGUAGAGGUGUAACCAUGCACACACGUCUGCUGCAGACUGAGUAUAUGUUUUUGGAAACGUGUUGACUUGCUGUGUAAUAAGUCAUUUGAUAAUAUUGAAUGGGAAUAUCUACUUAGCCUCAAAAUAUUGGGAAAAGCAGGCUAGUUGUACGUGUUUGUUCCACUGGAAUUUUAUGAAUUGAAACAAAAUGGCACUAUCAGUUCAUAAAUAAUUUCUCUUAACAGUG